GUUUCCCACAAAACCGCAACAAUAAUUACACCAGCACAUCUGAAUAUCUUGUGUGCUGGCCCAUCUGAGAACACAAUCCUCGCCACUUGCCCGUAUAACACGGGAUUGCUAAUUGGCAACCGGUCUGGGAGGCUCGCUGCGUGUGACGUAAUGGCGUUCAGCUGCCCGACGCGCUGUCACUCCGGGUCGAGCAUGGUGUGCAGCCGCGCCGCGAGACACCUGGGAGCAUUCAUUCUCCUUCUCCACGCGCAGCACUGGCCGUGUGCCGGGGGCAGCUCCGUCCAGACAUGUGAACCGUCCCAGUUCUCUUGUGCCACUGGGAAGUGUGUUCCAGCAAUCUGGAAGUGUGAUGGAGAUGAGGACUGUGAAGAUGGCAGUGAUGAAGCACAUUGCUGGAGAGGAACCUGCUCUGGGUUUCGCUGUAAAGAUGGCGAGUGUAUAGACAAGACCUGGCUCUGUGAUGGGGAGCCGGACUGCCGCGAUGGAUCCGAUGAGCUGGAGGAUAUCUGCGGCCCGAAGCAGUGCAAGCGGGACGAGUUCUUGUGCCAGUCCGGCCGGUGCGUGUCCGCGCAGUUCCGCUGCGACGGCCGGGACGACUGCGGAGACGGCACGGACGAGGCCGCCUGCCGGGAGUGCUCCGCCGCCGCCGCCGCCUUCCGCUGCCCGCAGUCCGCGACCUGCCUCUCCGCCGCCCAGCUGUGCGACGGCACCCCCGACUGCCCCGACGGGGCGGAUGAGCGGGCUGUCGGCUGCGGCAGCCCCCCGCCCUCCCCCGACGCCUGCCCCCGCUCCCGGUUCCGCUGCGGGUCGGGAGAGUGCCUGCCCCCGUCUUUCCGCUGCGACCACCUGCGAGACUGCGCCGACGGGAGCGACGAGCAGGACUGCGAGCGCAACGAGUGCCUGGAGGACAACGGCGGCUGCUCGCACCUGUGUGUGGACCAGCCCAUGGGCUUCCUGUGCGACUGCCCCAGCGGCAUGAGGCUGGUGAGGGACACGGACUGUGAGGAAAUCGAUGAGUGCCUGGAUGCCGAUGUGUGCGAUCAGCUGUGCUUCCGCCUCAACGGCACCUUCAGGUGCGAGUGUCACGCAGGGUACCAGCAGAGUCCCAAAACCGGGGAGUGCAAGGCCACAGGAGAGGAAGCCUUGGUGGUCUUCAGCAGCCCGGGGGGGGUCCGGAGGAUUGAUACUAGGGGGCAGGAAUUUCGACGGAUGACAGGAGUUCCCCUGGUCCCUGGGCCUCUUGCUGCUGACGUCCCAAAGCGGCAUCUGUACUGGGGCAGCCCAGAGAUGGGUGCCAUCUACAGAAUCUCCAUGGACAAGAACUUGCAGGUGCCUGUGCAGGUGAUGAGUGGAGUGGGUACACCCGUGGGGUUGGCAGUGGAUUGGGUCCAUGGCCUGCUGUACUGGACUGAUGCCCGGACCCGCUCCGUCAAUGUGGCGUCGCUGGAUGGGGCCAGAAGGCAUCUCCUCAUCAGUGGGCUGUCAAGACCAGCGAGCGUGGCCGUGCAGCCCCUGUUAGGGCUCCUGUUCUGGUCAGACAUUGGAAGCUCUCCUAGGAUUGAGAGGGCUGGCAUGGAUGGGCAGGGCAGGGUGGCGCUGGUCACCUCUGCGAUAUGGACCCCUGUGGCGAUCUCCCUGGACCCGACGCGCAAUCUCCUGUACUGGGCGGACUCGGGGCUCCGGACCCUGUCUCGGAUCGGGCUGGACGGCCGGCACCGCAAAACGGUUGCGGAAUCAAAUGGCUACCUGGAUCGGCCACUGGGCCUGGUGGUGUUUGAGGACCGUGUGAUCUGGGGCGAUGAAGAAACUUGUGGGGUUUACAGCGUGGACAAACGCAAUGGCACCGGCGUCCGCGUCCUGCUGUCCAACACCGGCUCGCUCGGGGGGCUGGUCUUGGCUCACUCUGUCCUGCAGCCACAGGCAGAGAGCAGCGUGUGUCUGCAGGCCGGGCAGCACUGUCCUUUCCUGUGUGUUCCCAGGCCCGGUUCCAGCACCGACAGGCCAGGGUUUGCCUGUGUGGGGCCCGGACAGCAGAAUCCUGCGAAAAACAUCACCACUUCUGGUGUAGAUCCCGGUGUGUUACGCCCAGUCCAGGCUCCACUCCUCACGGAUGGCAUUUUUGAUGGGAUCCUGGCUGUGAUUGUGAUCCUGACUCUGAUCCUGGCUGGGGGGUUCCUCCUGCAAAGGAGAGGGCACUGCAGGUUUCCCAGGAGCCCCUGCACGCUGGAGGGCAUCUCCUUGAAAGAGUCCCAGGACCCUUUGGUACCAGUGAGCCUCCCAGAGUCGCAUGAUGCAGUGGGCACCUUGAUGAAGAUGGAGGGAAACGCACUCUGACCUUGCUGUCACCCCUGCAGUGUCUUGACAAGAGGAUGUGGUUCAAACCGGUCUACCAGUGACAAUACAGUGACGGCUAUCUGUGUUGCCGAGAUGUCCUGUACUGGUGUGAAAGCACAGGGGUUUUGGGAUGUUGGUGUGCACUGUCUGGGAGCAGUGAUUGUUAGGGGCUGCAGAAAAUGACCCUUUUAUACACUUCUCCCACCCUUUGGUGAUAGAUCAAUACAUAGAUGAGGAAGGGCAUGCAGUCAGUCCAUCUGACUUUAAAUAUGCUGUGUUUUUUGUAUGACUGACUUUACCUUUGCAAAACUAGCUGCCUGUGAUAUGUGAAGCUGCAGAGCGCUUGAGGAAGUUUUACUUUUGAAGCAGUACGUUAGCAUCGGUGUGUCUGCUCUUCUGAAAUGAGAACAGACGGCACAGAUCUUCAGGAUCCUGGUCCAUUCUGGUACUGAGCACAACACCUUAUCCCUUGACCUGUUUGACACAAUUAUUCAUACCCAGGAAGAAAGCCAUGAAGUGCAUCAUUUAAAAAAAAAUCUCAGCAACAUUUUGUCAUCUUAAAUGAUUUCCUCCUCUUACUCCUCUGUGGAAAUAACUGGGUCAUAGAGAAAAUCUGUGAAUCCUCUGUUUCUUUGUGGUAGCAGUAGCUGUGGCCUAAUGCGCUGAACAAACUUUGCAAAAUGAAUGUAAAAUAAUGUUUCUGUGUGUCUGCACUUGGCAAGUUUAACAUUUGUACAUUGUCUGAUGUAGAUGUCAGUUUCUUUUUUGUUGGUUUGGGUUGACUUCUUUGGUUUUGGUGGAACUGCUCGCACUGUUUUGAAAUCAUUUUUUGUUUGGUUAGACCUAAGUUUUUUUUUAAGAUCAUAUGUAGAGUACUAUUAAUUGUAACUCUGGUCGUUGCUAAACACUCCUUGAAGGCUAUAGUGUUUUACAUACGUUUCAGAUAGUGAGCAAUAGUGAUCUUAAUAAAAGCAGGUGACUUGACGUCUUAACCGAAUAUUAAGCUCAUCUAUUAAUUGAAUGUAGAGCCAAGUAGUAGCCACAAGGUGGCAGUGCUGAGCACCGAGUUUUUUAUAAUUCCCUUUAGGUAGGGUGAUUCUCAAUAGAUUUCAGCUGAUUUAUCGUUUAAAAUAUAUACAUGUGUUCCUUAAUUUAAGUUUAAGAAAGGUUCUCCUGUUUUUUUUUUCCCAAAUGUUGAGAUGGUUAGGCAUCUUCAUUAUGACUUGAAUGCUGAUCAGAAUUUUAAAAGCAGGUAGUAUAAGUAAUAAUAAAAUCCAAAGUGCUCAGUGUGUAUACUGUUACUCUAAGGGUUAUAUUGUAGAUUAUUUAUUAUGUAAAAACACAAUUUAGGUGAAUAACCUCUUUUAUUGCACUUUUGCAUAUUUAAUGCAAUUGGAAACACUGAAAUAAAUCUUUAUGCUGAAGAGGA